ACUGGUGGCCCACUCUCAAAUGUAUUUUGACAGUGACAUUCCUACAGACCAUCCGGUAUCGUGCACUAUUGGCCAAUAACACUGCAUGCGCUUGCAUACAGGCUCUCAGCUGGCAUGUCUCCUACUACUGGUGCACGCUGUCCAACAAGUAGCUGGAGUCAACUUCACUCAAUGUCUGAUUGGCAUUGUAGCGAAUGCGAAUGCGAAUGCUACCCAGAAUUUAACUGGUCUACUCAAUGGCGACGGAGGCCCCGUUUCGAAUGCUUCUGAUGCGACAUCGAUCAGCUACUCGCUGUGUACCUCUGCCUGUGGGACCGGACAAGAACCUUUUCAGUGGUCUGUAUUUUCGCAAGAUUUCAGUGCAUGGCUACUGCCCAACCUUGCAUUGAUUUCGCAGCUCCCCUUUGGGGCACAGUACAGGCUUGACAAUCUCAUGUCUGCUGUGUUAACCGUUGGGUCACCGGCACUUGCUGGGUACUCUUUAUUCAUCACGCUCCUCAAUUCUCGCUGGAUUACCCAGCAAUUUCGUCAAUCGGCGAAUUACCCCAAUUCCCGUUCCGUGGUCUCUAUCUUGAGCAGCCUGCAGCAAGUCCCACUAAGACUCCAUCUCGAUCGCGUCCCCUCUCUCCUUGUCCUUCCGGAAAACGACUGCUGGUGGAAAUAUUUCUCUGAAUUGGUGGACUACACACACACGUGGUCAAUUGCGUCCGCAACCUCCAUCGCCUGGGUAGUUGUCGCCUAUAUCGUGAAUGUAGUCAACUCACCAGCGGAUAUGUAUUCUGUAGCCGACGGUGAUCCCACUGGCUCACUGUGGCUGUGGUUGAUUCCAAUAGUCGUCGGAUGGCUGCAGCUCUCCCCCAAAUGCGAUUACGAUCGCUUGCAAGCGGCUUAUGAUCGUGCCGACCGACAUGCGCACCCAGGACCAGCAGGUGCUCAUAUGAGAACGCCACUUGCGUUCACACGAAGACCUUUAACAAUCACUGCUAAGGAGAAGGAUGUGAUGUCUCCAGACGAACUCCUUACCCCUCCAGUGUUUAAUUACUCGCGUUCGCUGCCAUGGGCAUCUACAGCCAACGCGAUCUCCCUGAUGUUCGAGGUAGCAUCAGAAAAGGCUGAAUGCCGUAUUCCCGUUCGUUCUGGGAGCGAAUGGGUCGAGUCCGACACUUCCGAAUCCAUCCACCCCAGCAAUCGAUAUGGGUCCUCCGAGGAAAUCGCCAGGUACUGUGCAGAGCCCUACUGUGCAGAGCCCUGUGGUGCAGAGCCAUUGGGUGCAGAGCCCAGCCAUUGGGGGCCUGGCGUCUUCACAAGAAUGGCCAUCGCUUCAUGCGCUUCGCUCAUAUUGCAAUGGGGAACGGUCGGAUCAGCGUUUAUAGCGGCAUGGUUCACUCCUACGACACGCAUGGGGUGUCGAGCUUUGAGCUACCUCCUCUAUGGAGCCAUAUCGACCUUAAUUUGGAUGAUGCUCCUGACGUCCAGUAUUCUCGCGCACUACGCCGCAGGUUAUUCCCAUCGACCAUCACUGUCUGCACGCAUUGCUCUAGCAUUGUCGCACGGGCUGCGAAGGAUGGGCAAAAUAUUAGCCAUUGCAAACUCCAUCUGGGUGGUGGUGUCGUGCAUUUUCGUGUAUUCCAACUUCUACGAUACAUGCUACUGCAAUUCCAGCGUGGUUAGUAGGGGAACGGGUUCAUACGAUGCGAUCAUCGAAACUGCACCCCAAGCUGCAGUUCUUAGGGCUGCUUGGAUCGGUGCCGUUGCGAUGGCAUCUACCUCAGCGUUAGCAUUCCUUGGUGUCAUGAAUCUUUUAUUGGACAGACUUCCGUUGUAGGGGCCGAUAUUUCUUGCAAGGUCAUACCCGUUAUCCCAUUUGUCUUGAACAACAUUUCUCAUCACUCCUUUUAUUCAACUUGAAGUACCCUUGAUUCCACCCACCUCGGCGUCACUAUAUCUAGAUUUGAUUUAUAUAUCACUUGCUUGUCACGAUCUACCUUUUGCCAAGUUGUUCAUCGUCUUUGGUGUUGUUUUAAAAUUGUUAUACGAAUUUCCAGCUACCAAGCUUGGGCAUGUCCAAAGUCUGAAAGCCUCAAAAGU